CGCGUACUAAUACCAUGUAUUUGGGUUUCGAUACUAUUGGAUUGGCUUCGCGUGCCAAUGAAUAUCAACCUAGUUGACAUUAAUUUUCGACCCACGUUCAAACUGGAUUUAAUUGCAACCUCGGGGAUGAUUUGCAAGUAUAAUUCCAGAAUGGAAACACGCUUAGAAUUCGAUUGGGUUGAUUGGGGAGCCUCUCAGCGAGCUGAAAUUUACGAUUAUCGUACGUAAAAACAAGAACCAAUUUACAGGGGACUUGUAGACUGAUCUGAGAGAAUCUGAGAAAAAAGGCGAGACGUCCAAAUGAUUUACAUAUAAAUUCCUGCAAGUUUCGGCGAAAACGAAUUGAAUUAAAAAAAAGAACGGACGAGGAUACGAGUAUAUGGUUUCAGUAUAUAGCUUCAGUAUUAAAAGAAGCAAACGCGCAGAGGAUUCGGGGUAAGGUGGAAGGGAAGAAAUGUUUUCCUUUCACCUCUUUGCUCGGUGGUGGAGGAGGAGGAGGAGGAGGAGGAGACAGGAAUGAUUCGAGUCUCACGGUGGAGGUGGAGACGACCCAUGAAAGUAACAGUGCCUUCUCCACCGUUUGCUCGACACUCAGUCUCACUCUCCUUGCACUGGAGAACGGUGGAGCGCGCUCUUCUCUCAGUGUCCUUCGUGGUGUCGUCGUCCAGGUACAAGGUCGCGAGUGCACCGGAAACGCGCGUGCACGUUGAAUCGCGAGAAGUCGCGAGUCUAUGCGAGCAUAGUGCGCGAUGUGCUCGACCUGACCAACUUUCCACGAGUCACAAUCGACAGAAAGGGGUUAGAUAAUAAAACGACGAAAAAUGAAUUGGGAGAGUCGAACGGUGUCGCUGCUGCUCUGCUUAAGCAUUCUGCUCGCGACGAUUCACAACGGUAACGCCGAGCGGAAGAUCGUGUGCUACUACACGAAUUGGUCGAUCUAUCGGCCAGGAACGGCCAAGUUCUCGCCGCAGAACAUCAAUCCGUACCUGUGCACCCAUCUGAUCUACGCGUUUGGCGGAUUCACCAAGGACAAUGCUUUGAAGCCUUUCGACAAGUAUCAGGAUAUCGAGAAAGGUGGUUACGCCAAGUUCACCGGCCUGAAAACGUACAACAAAAACUUGAAGACCCUGCUGGCUGUCGGCGGUUGGAACGAAGGUUCCAGCAGGUUCUCACCGAUGGUCGCUGACCCGGGGAGGAGGCGAGAGUUCGUGAAGAACGCCGUGAAGUUCCUGAGGAAGAACCACUUUGACGGCCUCGAUCUCGACUGGGAGUAUCCGGCGUUCAGGGACGGCGGCAAGCCCCGUGACAAGGACAACUAUGCCAGCUUGGUGCAGGAGCUGAGGGAGGAGUUCGAGAGGGAGGCCUCGAAGACCGGAAGACCGAGGCUUCUACUGACGAUGGCGAUGCCAGCCGGUGUCGAGUACAUCGACAAGGGCUACGACGUUCCCAGAUUGAACGAACACUUGGACUUCAUCAAUCUGCUCUCGUACGACUAUCAUUCGUCUUACGAACCAGCCGUGGACCACCAUUCUCCGUUGUACCCUCUGGAGGAGGACAACGAGUACAACUACGACGCCGAAUUGACAAUUGAUUACACGGUGAAGUAUCUGUCGAAGAAGGGCGCCGCUCCGGAGAAAAUCGUCCUGGGGAUUCCAACGUACGGACGAUCCUACACGCUUUUCAACGAGGACGCCACCGAUUUGGGAUCGCCGGCCGAUGGGCCGGGUGUCGAGGGCGAGGCGACUCGCGAGAAAGGAUAUCUCGCGUACUACGAGAUCUGCGAGGGUCUGGCGCAGUCAGACGAGUGGGAAGUGAUCCAACCGAAUCCAAAGGCGAUGGGCCCGUACGCGUACAAGGGUGACCAGUGGGUAGGCUACGACGACGAAAGUAUCGUCAGGUUGAAAGCCAGGUACGUGAACGAGAAGAACUUGGGAGGGAUCAUGUUUUGGACGAUCGACAACGACGACUUCCGGGGCAGGUGCCAUGGUCGUCCGUAUCCCCUGAUCGAAGCGGCCAAAGAGGCUCUCCUGACCGACAGCUCGAAUAUCAUUCAGAGGUCGAAGACCACGGUAGAUAACCGCAAGAAGCCUCGCGUGCACGGAGUUCAGGGCGACACCGCGGGAAGGAAAAGUUUCAGACGAGGGAGUGGUAAAAGCACCACCACCGCGGCGCCUCCGCCGAGAACCCGAGUGUUCUCCCCGAGGCCGAGCUAUCGGACGUUCUCGCGUCCAAAGGCCAGCGAGGAGGAGAAGGAGGAGGAACGAUCAGUCGACAGACGAUCGUACGACUCGACGUCCUCCGUCGACGAGGAGGGAAGCUCCGAGGGUGGUAACGCGGUUAGGGCAGCGAGCAAAAACGGAAGACCAGGCAGCAAGAGUAAGAGGAGACCCUCGAAAGAUCGAUCGAGUCGAAAUCGUACGAAGCAGAUUGGCAACAACGACUCGAGCGAAGGAUCAUUGAGCAACAGGCUAACUACACCGGAACCUCCGACGACACCCGAUCCUGGAACAGAUUUCAAGUGCGAGGACGAGGGAUUCUUCCCGCAUCCUCGAGACUGCAAGAAGUACUUCUGGUGUCUGGAGAGCGGUCCAGGAGGUCUUGGCGUGAUAGCGCACCAGUUCACGUGUCCCUCGGGGCUGGUGUUCAACAAGGCAGCCGACUCCUGCGACUACCCUCGCAACGUCAUCUGUCCCAAGUCGAAGACGUCUCAGUCGGCCGCGUCGACGCCUAGGGCCCCGAUAGUCGCAGCCACCAGUCGCACGACCUUCCUCUACAGCACCACGCGUCGACCACCGUCCACUGAGAAACCGGACACCGAGGAGGAAGAGUACGAGUACUACGACGACGAGGACGACGAGCAAACGGAAGAAGAAGAGGCGAAGGAGAAGGAGGAGAAAGAGGAGAGGGAAGCGACAAGUACAACGCCGAAGGCACUUUUGUACAAAACGAUCAGCAGGAGCAGACCUACCACCAGCACCACUACCACGGAAGCACCUUUCGAGAGGAACGAACCCGACAAACUAUCAGACGUCGAGGAGAACGAGGAGGACCCUAAGGUUAUCAAAGAACUGAUCAUGCUGAUCAAGAAGGCAGGCGGCAUAGAACAAUUGGAGAAGCAACUGCUGCUUCAAGACAAGAAUCCUGAGAACGAGAGCGGCGCAAAAUCCGGCAACGAGAACGCUACUCCAGCCACGAUAAGUCGCAGCUUGUACGAACGCGUGUUGAGCCGCCAAGCCGGUAAAAUCACGAGCAGGCAGCGCGCGAAUGGGCCGGGAAGCGCGCAGUUCGAGGGACUGGACGAGCUGCCAGAAGUGAAAGGCCUGAGACGCUCGCAGAAACCGCAAUAUGUUACCAUCGAGAGGGCCAAAUCACCGACGAAGGAGUCCCCGACUGAAGACGAACAAGACGACGAGGAGGAACACGUUGACGAGAACAACACGGACGUGGCCUCCUCCGAGGAGCAGACGAUUAGCAAUCCUUUCGUGGUCGACUCGACUUUGCAGAGGGCAACGCCCAGUUACGUUAGCAUCAGGCGCGCUCGCCCAUCCAUCUCCAGCAGAAACGAGAACGACGUUGAGGAGAAAGUGAAAGACACGGAGGGAGACGCGCCAGUUUCCAGCCAGCGCCGACGUCCCGGCAGCGUGUUUCCAAAGAGCAGCGAGAGCAGCUCUUCCGAAGGCAUCGUAGAUCAAGAGUCUCGUUCACCGGCGAGCGAGCAAAACCCACAAACGACUAAAUCCAGGUACGUUAGCGUUCAGAGAUUCAGAAGCACGACUCCAUACUCGACGGAGGUUGCACCCGUUAGCCAAGAACCGAUCACGAAGAAGUCGAUCGUCUCGAGAAGCGAAGAAGAGGAAGAAGAGGAAGUUCAGAAGUCCAGAAACGAUGAAAACGUGACCACCACCAGCACCACGAUUGCCACCAGUUUAGUGACAAAUAUCGUGUCCUCGACGCCGAACGAUAUCGUUAUCGACUCGGAAACGGAGAAGCCGAUUCCGACGACAACUCCGGAGGCAAGCUCGACCACGGUCGCCGAGUCGACUGUGAAACUCGUCGAGGAUUCGGCAACGGAGAUUCUCCUGACCACGGUGCCGGCGAGCUUGCCGGCCACGUCGUCGGCUCCGAGCGCGCGGAUCGGCACUGCGUCGGUGUCUCAGCCGAGGCCUUUCGGCUUUAACCGAAGGAACAGACCCUCGGCCGAGUCCACCACCACACCGUUGCCACCGUCCACCGAUCAGGUCAGGCCCAAGGUGAGUAUAUCGUCGCGAAACCAAACGCGCUCGACCUCCCCCGCGGGAUCGCGGGAUCGACCGAGGCCGAUCACCGAGAGAUCGAGAAACAGAGGGACGAGCAGAUACACGCCACCGACGUUCAGAGUGAGGAGCGAGGUACCGUCCGACGCUGUAAUAUCCAGGGAGCUCGUUCGAACUACCGAACCGACGGUCGGUACGACAGCGAGUGCGGCGAGGAGACGACUUCGUCGACCGAGUUCGAAAACCAUCAAGGAAUCGAGGAACGUAGCCAACGAACUGGAGGACAGCCCGAUCGUGAGGAUCGUACAAGCUCAACCCGGUUGGAGGAGGAGCUUGUCGUCCAGGUCGAGGAAUACGAUCAAAGUGGACGAGACGGACAGUGACAGAAUCACGAACAUAAAGGUGUUCAGGAAGCCGGCUACGACGAACAAGGAUCAGGCUCGCGCCAGGUACACGAGGAAGAGGAACAACGUGGAGAUCGGUGAAUCGGAAGCUGUCGAAGAGAAAACAUCCUCGACGUCUGCUUCGAAGGACGUCGUAACUGUAACUACGAGCAAACAACUGAUGAUCUUUAAUUCCUCCUUAGACGGGUCCCUAGUCGACAAAGGUUCCAUUCGAACGACGAUCCCGCCGACGGAACUGCGAGAAACAACUCGAACGACCAAUGGCCCAGAGAUCGAGGCGAGCACGCAGGAACUGGCAGUGGAGAACGAGGUGAUUCCAGUGACGGAUGAUCGGCUCGACGCUGGUCAAGAACUCACGACGAUUGCGACUCUUAACGACGACGUCAAGCUGGAAGAUUUUGAUCAGAACGUGGUUAAAAUCGUAUUUCCCGCGAACAAUACCGAGGCGGUACAACUUGGCGAAGAGAGUACAAACGCUGUCGUUCCCAGACGCAGGAAGGUUUUGCUGAGAAGACGACUGGUCAUAUCACAUGGGCAGGAAAAGGAAGAGGAGGAGGAGGAGGUGGAGGAGGAGGAGGAAAAUAAACCAAUUCCUCGUAGAAGAAAAGUGAUCAAGCGCGUUCGACCGGUUCAGAGUACAGCGUCUACGGUGGAUCUGCUUAGAUCUCGAUCCACGACUCCUGCGGUAGAUCCAACGAGUACAAUCGCUGUCGAAACUUUGGACGUUUCGACGACAGAAACGAUCGACGAUUUCACGGGGGUCGUGUUGGAAACCUCGACCCCCGAGACUGCACUUGCCGAUAUCGACAUCGCCACGAUGGCCUCGACGAUCGUCGAUAACGUCACGGCCGUCGUGAUCGAGUCCUCGGCCGAUACGGCUGCUGCGACAGAGUCGACAAUGGCGACCAAGUUUCUGAUCAAUUUCACCGAGGCGAACGAUGUUUCAGACAACGUGACUACCAGCAUACCAACCGUCAUUACGCCAUCGGUCUACGUGGAUUCUCGACCCUCCAGUCCCAGGUUAGAAAUAUACAACAGGACGUAUUACUUGGAUUCGAGAUACGUGAGAAAAAAAUUUAUACGUAGAAGGCCGGUCGUUUCCUCCUCAUCGGAAAAUGUUACCGACAGUCGGUAUUCAAACUUGGAAACUUCGACCAGCGCACCUGUGAUUAACACCAAGAACGACCUGACAGGGCUGUCGAAGCGCAGAAAGACGCUGUUCGUUCGUCGCAGACCGGUCUCUUUUACAACCGAGAACGCGAGAACAAUGGGACUCGUCGAGAAAGAGGAGAAAAAAUUCCACGACGAGGGAGAAACGCCACGCGACGUCGAGAGUGCCACUUCGAGGAUCGAUGAAACCCUGUCCAUCGAAAGGGAAUCGGAGGCAUUCUGGAGUCGCUAUAUUGCUCCGUCAGUUGAAAGGAGCUCGUCGACGCUCGACGAAAAAAGAGCAACGUUGCAGGGAAACGAGGAAGCGCCAGAGAUUCGUUCUCGUUACAGAGCGACGGAUCCUCCCAGGGAGAGCCUUCAUUCAUUCGACUCGUUGCCAGAGGAGUCCGAGGAGCCGAACGACCCCAAGUCCAGGUACCAGAAUUUUCGUCAGCCGAGAACUCGUUACAGGUAUCGGUCGGUAACGAGGAAUCGAGAGGAAGAGGCCGAGGAAUCGGUCGAGGAAUCGAUCGAGGACGCGACGCAGUCGUCGAGCUUCGACUCAUCGGCGCAACUGAGGCCGCUACGUUUCUACGGGAGGCGACCGGUUCCCAGCACCGAACCGCCGGUCACCGAGACGCUGAUUCCCGCCAAGAGGUUCGACUACGUGGCGGACGCUCACAGGCGGCAACAGCAGUCCCUGCGAACAACCACCCCGCGCUCAGUUCACGACCACUCGACCGUGGUUUGGGCGAGUUUCAGCGAGCAACGAGCGAACAAUGAGAUUCGAAAUUUCGUGGAGGGCGAUUACGCGACGACGACGCAACCUACGGCGCAACCGCUGGUAACGAGGCUGGUUACGUCGGUGGAGGAAUCGGCCACCACCGAGAGGCAGAAGAUUCUCAUAAAGACGAAAUACUCUUCGCUGACGUCGACCACCAAGAUCCCUCUUACCACGACGUCCUCGAUCUCCGAUCAAAGCCUCGCCGCUUUGUCCGUUCCAAGGAGGAACGAGGAGCAGUCGGCGAACGAGAUACGCCAGGAGCAAGUCGAAAGAUCUACUUUACCCAUCGAGGGUGAAUUUCUUUAUCAACCGGUCUUCACCACGGAGUCCCACGAGUCGUCCACCAUUGAGAUUGAGUCUGUGUUCAGCAAUCUCAUCGGGAACAGAGACUCUGCCAAGUGAUAACGUUAUCGAUAAUGUACCGCAUACCUGUUACACAUAGACACCGUUACUAGUAGAUUAUCUCCGUCAGAAAUUCAACAACAGCAAGAUAACGAACGAAAACAUUUAGAAAGCAGAAGAUGUAGACAGGAUGAAGAUUCGAAGGAAAAAUGUGACAGUCAAGAAAUCAACGUUACCAGGGACUUCUCUUUACUCUCUCUUUCUCUCUCUCUCUCUC